AUGGGCUUGUCUCUCUCGCGCAUCUACACUAGUCUGUCGAGUCUCGCAUUCUGGGGGAAAGACAAGGAGGUCCGCAUUCUCAUGGUUGGGCUGGACUCUGCCGGAAAGACAACAAUCCUCUAUCGCCUCCAGAUUGGAGAAGUCGUAUCUACCAUCCCCACCAUUGGCUUCAAUGUCGAGACCGUUUCAUACAAGAACAUCAACUUCCAAGUGUGGGACCUCGGAGGGCAGUCGAGUAUCAGGCCAUACUGGCGAUGCUACUACGCCAACACACAAGCAAUCAUCUACGUGAUCGACUCGGCCGACACGGCCCGCUUGCCUACAUCCCGUUCCGAGCUCCUCACAAUGCUCGCCGAAGAGGAGCUCAAGAACGUUCCCGUGCUUGUUUUCGCCAACAAGCAAGACAUGGCCGGCGCGCUCUCACCCGCCGAGAUCAGCGACAAGCUUGGUCUCGCAGGGCAGGAGAAGGGGCGCGAGUGGAGCGUGCGCGGGAGCUGCGCGACAAAGGGCGAGGGGCUCGAGGAAGGGCUUGACUGGUGA